GCGCGCUGGCCACAAGCGAAUCUACCCACCGUCCGGUCGCCGCACGUACGACGCCGACCGAGCCAUGGAAGUGGGUGCACGUGUAUGGAUCACAACGACAGAAGACCAAUGGCAACCAGGAGUGCUAGACGAUUGCAGGGAUGACAACGACGGCACCGACAAUCCCAUCGUGCGUGUCCGUCUCAACGACGAUGACUCGACUGUGGUAACCUCAGCAGCGAACGUCUUCCUCCGCAACGACGUCGACAACUUUGCCGACGUCCCCAACUUGAUUUCGCUGCAAUACCUCCAUGAACCGGAGCUUCUCCACGCCGUGUGCAAUCGAUAUGAGCAGCACGCAAUCUACACAUACGUGGGCGAGAUCCUCCUCUCGUUCAAUCCGUUCCAGCGACUCGACUUGUACACACCUGCGCACAUUGAAGCGUAUGCAGCAGCCGCGGCCGUGAUGAAAGCCCCAGACGACACCGCCUUGCCGCCACAUGUGUUUGCAAUCGCUGCGGUUGCAUACCAAAGUUUAUGCGACGAACACAAGAACCAGAGCAUCCUCGUGAGCGGUGAAUCGGGCGCAGGCAAGACAGAAAACACCAAGCUUCUCAUGCAGUACCUGACCACUGUCGGCGCCACGACCACCACCACAGCAUCGCCGACAUCAACUGUCCACCCGCCGUCGUCCCGGCGACAGCGAGCAAGAGGCACUCAGUCCACAGCAUCUUCACAUGACAUUCAAACCCAGAUCUUGCAAACGAACCCGAUCUUGGAAGCGUUUGGGAACGCCCGGACUGUGCGCAAUGACAACUCGAGUCGCUUUGGCAAGUUUAUCGAGCUUCAAUUCGGCGACCACCACAAGAUUGUUGGCGCCAAGCUCAGCGUGUACUUACUGGAGAAAAUCCGCGUAAGCCACCAGUCCGAGAACGAGCGCAACUUUCACAUCUUCUACGAACUGUGUGCUGGUGCCGACGACGAGUUGGCGGCUGCGCUGUCGCUGUCGGACGCCGAGGACUUUGCCUUGCUCAACGAAAGCGGAUGUUUCACGCGGCGAGACGGCGUGGACGAUGCCGCCCAAUUCCAAGAAACUUCGAAGGCGUUCACAGACAUGGGGAUCCUCCAAGACGAGCAGCGGAGCAUUUUCGGCAUCGUGGCAGCGUUGCUUCAUCUGGGCAAUGUCGGGCUGGACGGUACGACGUGCGAGGCAUCCAACAUGGAGCAUGCGACGAUCGACGCCGAAUCGCGCCAUCAUUUGGACACAGCAGCGACAUUGCUGGGUGUUUCGCCCAUGGAGCUCACACAAGCGCUUGUGACGCGCCACGUGACAACAACCAAGGACAAGAUCAUGGUCAAGCUGUCGCCUGAGCAGGCCAACGAGGCCAAGCAAUCGCUGACGCAGAGUUUGUUUGGCGGGUUGUUCAAGUGGAUCGUGGCGCGGCUGAGCAGUGUGAUCCGGCACGAUGCCGCCAGCGUCAACACGAUCGGGAUCCUCGACAUUUUUGGGUUUGAAAAUUUGGUCUCUAACGGGUUUGAGCAGCUCUGCAUCAACUACGCAAACGAACGGCUUCAAGCCCAGUUCAACGACCUCGUGUUUGCCAAGGAGCAGCGCAUGUACGAGGCUGAGGGCAUCGAGUGGAAGUACAUCGAGUACCCGGACAACGCGCCGUGCUUGCAGCUCCUGGAAGAUCGACCGAUGGGCAUGUGGUGCUUGCUCGACGAAGAAGGGAUGCUGCCAAAAGGGUCCAACGAAGGCUGGAUCACCAAGCUGUACAGCCAGUACCUCGAUAGCUCCUUCGACAACACCUCGCCGCCUUCAACCACCGCCAUGGGCAACCAUCUCCAUGGCCGGCGAAGGCAGUCGGAGCCGUUGCCACCAAAGCAUCAGCUCUUUCACAAACCUUCCACCGUGGCAGCUGACAUUCCCACGAUCUCCGACACACCCCGACCGUUCCUCGCGACGAACGGCCAACGAGUCGAUUUCCAGUUUAUCAUUAGCCACUUUGCCGGCAAAGUUUUGUAUGAGAAGGACGCGUACCUGCAGAAGAACCAAGACACGUUGCCCGCGGAAGCUAUUGACUUGUGCGGGUGGUCGACCUGUCCCAUUGUGCGGUCUCUGCUGGCGGCGACUCCUGGCCAGUUGGAGAAAUCCAAAAAGGCAUCGCAACAGCAGUCGACCCAUCGCCCGCUGGCUCGUCAGCCCAGCAACCUGCGAUCGACGUCCGUGUCGGCGCAGUUCAGGUUUCAACUCGACGACUUGAUUCAAGUCAUCGGGUGCACACAAGCCCGGUUCAUCCGAUGCGUCAAGUCCAACGAUGAAGGUGUCCCAGCCAAGUUGACGCCACCCCGAGUCCUCCAGCAACUCCGGUCGGGAGGAGUCUUGGAAGCGGUUCGAAUAGCUCGCGCAGGGUAUGCAGUCCGUGUCGACCACGACCGAUUUCUCGACGCAUUUGGGUUUUUUGGAAAGUGGUCAGCCGCGAGCAAGGUGAAGCAGGGCCCGUCGGCAUUGUCACGGCUGCAGGCAAAGCCCAAGCCGCGUGCCGCGUUGUCACCAAGUGAGCUGAAAGCACAGGUCGAGACGACGGCGGCGUCAAUGCUGAUCCACUACCACAAAGGCGCUCCUUCGUUGAUCUCGGCCGAAGUUCUCGCUGUGGCCAUCCAAGUUGUCCACGCUGGCAAAGUCCUCGAUCGCGACGUGUUCCAAGCCACCUGCGGUACGGUCGGAUUUCAAAUUGGCCGGUCCAAGGUCUUUUUUCGAAAGGACGUGUACAACGCCCUGCGGCGCUUCCGCGUCAUGACACAGUGUCUCCAUGCGACAUGCAUACAACGCCUCGUGCGCGGCCUAUUCGCCCGGCGACUCGUCGCGACGAUGCACCGAGCGCUUGCGAGGCUGCAAACGUGGACUCGGGAGAGGCUAGCCUAUCGAGCCAGGCGAAUCGCUGGCGCCAUUGUGUUGCAGACGUGGUGGCGUGGAGUUUUGGCCCAGACGCGGUACACUCGUCAAAGGAGAGCGAUCCCAAGGCUACAACGCUGGCUGCGGUCCCGUCAAUGGAGACGGGUACUGGCGCAGCGUAUCCUCGCCAAGCAAAAAUCCGCUCCAAAGUUCCCGCCGAAGGAGCCACCGCCUAUGGUCAAGUCGAAACCACACGUUCCGAUCACAGUUGUACAGGUUGCCGCGGAAAAAAGCGUGGUCGUCCCCACCCCGCCUCCACCUCUCUCGCCCGUCAAGAUGGUUGCCACGGCUCCGCUGCCCAGACCGCACGAGGUGUCGUUGGAUGCUUCCGAGAUCCCGCAGCAACUUCCGCGCCGCGAGGUGGACGCGUUGAUGGUUUCUUUGUCGGUUGAAAAUGCCCACCUCAAGCAGGAAGUGAUUCAAUUGCGACGGCAACAGCAGACCGUGACCUCGCCCGUGGUGGCCGAGACACCACCGAUGGACCCGUCGCUCGAGUUUGCCAUUUCACACAUUCGUACGCUCGCGACGCAGCUCGUCGAACUGCAGCUGCAAUGCGCACUCAUGCAAAACGCAGACCACCACCCAUCCGUCGAGACGCCCCACAACGCACUCCAGGCCAAUGCCACGCCGCCACACAACCCUGCCAACUCACAAUGGACACUCGACCUCGUUCUGCCGCCGCCGCCCGUCAACCUCACCGAGGCACACGUGCAGCUGCAAACGCUCGUGGGAAAGAUCCAAGUUGCGGCACAGUCGCUGGACCAGUUGGAGCGCCAAAAGCGGCAUCAGAUGAAAAUUCGCGCAACCGAAGCCCAGGCGAUGGCGGUCGUACAGACGCUGCAACCGGUGGUCGCCACCGUGCGCAACGUUGUCUCGUACGUACCCGUUGUGUCUUAUGUGGUGUCCCAAGUGGAGACAAGGGUCCACGUGUCUCCAAAAACGUGGUGCCUUUUGCUGCAAACAUCGCAGUCGAUUGUGGACACAGUGACGUCGUUGGCGGCGUCGCUCUUGUCUCGUGGCGACGCCCGUCGUCCGCCGCCAUCUCCGUUGAAAGAGCUCCACUCGGACGCGUUGGUCCCGCCGCAUCUCAAGCACCAACUUGACGAAAUGAUGGAAACCAACUUGAACCAAGCGAUGCAGAUCAAGCAACUCACGGCCACUGUCCACGACCUUCGGGCCAAGCAUCAUGCCCUCCAACUCAAGAUGCUCGAGGACCAAGUUGCCGCGCUUCACGUGGCCAAAGGCCAAGACAACGAGAAACUCAAGCGCAUGGAAGACGACUUAGCGUACACGACGGCGUGUGUGGCCCAGCUCGCCAACACGAUGCUGGCUCGAGGGGUUGCAAAGGACAAAUCGCAGGUCGUCGCGGCGUUCGAUGCGCGGCCAGACUUGCCGGGUCACUUUCGACGAUAG